AGUUCAGGUAGGGAGCAGAAAGAGUGGUAGAUGGAGCAGGGGAAGAGGAUCAGAGUAGCACUCAGACACAUUGUGUGACACUUACUUUGUGGCAUGCCAGCUAAAAAGGUUGGUACCCACUGAACUGGCAUAGCACAUGGCAGGUUCAUAGGAAAUCAUUGAGGAAUUGGGCAGUGGAAAUGAAAAAUACAUUUUUGAAAGGUGUCUAAAUAGUUCUGAAGAUCUGGCCUUUAGGUUUAUAAGCGCCCAAUAAGAUAUUUAGAAGUGCUCAAGCGAUAUAGGCAGCUGACUCCGAUUGAUGCAGCAUUGAUCCAGCUCAUGCCUUUGACAGACCUUUGAGAAUACAGUUCUAAAUCCUUUUUGAAAUGGAAUUUAGGAGUUUAAAUCUCAUUGACUGCCAGGGACACUUCAACUUCUAAAACUCUAAUAUUAGAUUCUGAAAGUAUCAUCCCAGGAGUUCUUGCUCCCUGUCAAUGUUCUGAAUCCUGGACAAACUUAGUUCACUGGAAAUGUAUAGCCAUACUGCUUUGUUUAAGAAGGCAGAGGAGCUGUUGGCAAAGAGGAUAAAAGAUGGAGACCCCCUGGCAUAUUUCCUAAAAGGGCAGCUGUACUUUGAAGAGGGAUGGUAUGCCGAUGCAUUCAUACAAUUUGAAAAAAUCAAAGACACAGAUUUUCAAGCUAUGUAUCAACUUGGUGUGAUGCAUUAUGAUGGACUGGGGACCAAAGAAGACCCUGAAAAGGGAGUGGAAUAUAUGGAGAAAAUCAUCAACUCUACCUCCCCCAAAGCAAGGCACUUAAAAUAUGCUGCUGCAUACAAUCUUGGUAGAGCAUAUUUUGAAGGAUAUGGUGUUAAGCAUUCAGCAGAAGAGGCAGAAAGACUUUGGCUUAUUGCUGCAGACCAUGGGAAUCCAAAAGCAAGUGUAAAGGCUCAGAGUACCCUUGGAAUGCUUUAUUCUACAACAAACCCAAAAGAUCUGAAAAAGGCAUUUUUCUGGCAUUCAGAAGCUUGUGGCAAUGGAAGUCUGGAGUCACAGGGUGCACUUGGCGUUAUGUAUCUUCAUGGACAAGGCAUACAUCAAAAUUCAAAGGCUGCUUUGGAGUGCCUGAAGGAAGCAGCAGAACGUGGCAAUGUCUAUGCUCAAGGCCAUCUUGUUGAAUAUUACUACAAAAGAAAAAUGUAUGCUACAGCUGCCACAUCAGCCAAAAGGGUUGCAGAAAACGAUAACAUCGAUCUGUUAGCAAAGAUAACAGAUUGCCUUCCUGUAUACAUAGCCAAAGGCGUUGCUAUGGCUACUUUCUACUUUGCUAGAUGUCUCCAGUAUGGCCUAGGCAUGCAACAAGAUCAAGCUGCAGCUAAAAAAUAUUAUUCUAGGGCAUGCCUUCUGGAUCCUGAUACAGUUUCUGACCUUGAAUUGGCAGCUAAUCAUGGAAAAAUUUAAAAUAUUUCAUUUUUAAGCAAAUUCCAAUCCAGUUGCUUCCAAUGUUGUGUAAAAUUUCAGGUAGUAAGCCAUCUUCAGUCUUCAGCAGCCGGUGGAUAAUCAACUGUUUCUUUGUUUCUUACCCAUCUGAAAUCAUGAUAAUUGUGCACAGUGUUUGGUGCUUAGAACGAAGUACAUUUUGCUGACGUUGAUUUGUUUUUCAACAGCUCUAACUUAGCUUAGUUGAGGAAAAUUAUUCUUUUAUUUCAUUGUAAGAAAGUUUACUAUAUGCUCUAGAUAUUUUGCUGACACAGCUUGCCAGCGUUUCCUAAAUUAAAACUGCUGUGCAUAGUCCUCAAGGCCAACUACAGUCAACUUAGAGUAACUGUAAAUGGCAGGUUCAUUUACUUACAAAUUCUAAAAAUGCAGCAUCAGCAAAAUCUUGAACUGUCUGAAUACUUGCACUUAAAUAAAAGGUCCCCUUUUCUCAUAGUCUGUUCACAAGCCAUAAUCAUAUUUUUAAAUCCAGUAUUGACUAGUAAUCAAUAAUUGAAGAUGCAUGCUUUCCUUUCCACUCAUCUUUUUGCUAGGUACUUUACCACAUCUAGGCCUUCAGUUUCUCCUGGGAGAGUCACUGCUUUCUACUUAGAAGCCACGAGUAGUGUUCAGAUAUUCAGGAUUUCUGUUCCAGAGCAAAAAUGGCUGCUUCCAGAGAAGAAAUUACCCUGAAACAACCAGAAUGAAGUGGCUCCCAAGAGAUUUUCUCCUGAGAGAGCAAACUUCUGCAAAUGUAUCUUCUGAGAGAAGCUGCAGCAGUCUUCCAGCAUCCCAGUGUGCUUUGCUCCCAGCCUCCCCUACAGGUCCAGAGAUACAGUGUGUUACAUGGCUUGGACUCUACUGCUCCAGUUGAGCAGGGAGCCCCUUCAUAACCCCCUCAUUGCAUUGCAGGAAGACAGCCUGCAAGGCAGUCUGGCUCAGCCAAUCAGGGCUGUCCUGUGCACAGCUCUCUGUCACCAGACAGAUUGGGCUGCCUGCAGAGCAUGCUCAGAUGCGUACACACAGGCUCCUUGCCUGCACCGUGGCUUGGCAUUCGAGCAUCUGGUCAUAGGUCUCUGGGUAAGUUUUUUGUGAGGAAUACAAACCUGGGAGAAUUUUCCCAGAUCAUUUGAACAUAUGCAUGCGGUCUGUGCCUCUGAAAUGCAGCCAAACUUCCUAGCAGAUUACAGUUAGGUGGUAGCUGUACAGGGUUGGGAACUGGCAUGCGUGGCAGAUGCUUUGCUUACAGUUUAAAUCAUGGUAGCCUUUGGUAACGGAAAAUCCAAUUUAUAGAAAUUAAUUAUAGAAAAAAAACCCCUCUAUGCUAGUGUACAGAUUCCUGCACCAUAAUUCCUUAAUUCUUAUCCAUGCUGCAAGUUCAGUUUUUCUUACUGACAUAUCAUCAAGCUCUUGGCCCAAGAGAGAAUAGGUUGAAUACAUAGCUAAGGAGCAGAAUUAUACUCAGUCUCCUAGCAUGAGA